AUGUCCCUGUGCUGCUGGUUCAUUCUGCUGGCUUUCAUCCCUGAGGCCUUAAGCACCGAUCCUGGAGUAAUAGUCAAGCUAACAGAUAAAGGCCUUGAAUAUGGCAGACAACUGGGUAUGGCUGUGAUCCAAAAGCAACUCCUUACCAUCAAAGUGGCAGAUAUUUCAGGGUCAGAGUCGGUGUCUCCCAUUGGCAGUGUCGAGUACAGAUUAUCAAAUAUGCAUAUAGUUGAUGUGGGAUUACCAAAGUCUGAAGUGGAUCUGGUGCCAGGGAGCGGCGUCAGACUGUUUAUUGGUAACGCCUUCAUCAGUCUGCAUGGAGACUGGAAGGUCAAGUACCUCAAAAUAAUAAAGGACAGUGGUUCCUUUGAUUUGAAUGUGAACGGACUCACUAUCAGUACAAGUAUUGCCAUCAAAAGUGAUGAGACAGGCCGACCUGCAGUCAGUACUGUCGACUGUGUGGCCAGUAUCAGCAGUGUAAGGGUCAUAUUCCAUGGUGGAGCCAGCUGGCUGUACAACCUCUUCACAAGCUUCAUUGACAGGUCUUUGCGUAAUGCAAUACAAACACAGGUCUGCCCCUCGGUGGCUAAUGCAGUAUCACAGUUGAACUCUCAACUGAAAACUCUCAAUGUUGUAGCCCAGGUGGACCAGUAUGCAGAGAUUGACUAUUCAAUGGUGUCAUCGCCCAUGGUUUCACAGUCUUCUAUAGACUUGAGCUUGAAGGGUGAAUUUUACAACGUUGGGAAGCAUCAGGAGCCUCCAUUCUCCCCCACACCCUUUUCUCUCUCAUCCCAGCUCAGCAACAUGCUGUACUUCGGUAUGUCUGCCUUCACCGCCAACUCUGCAGCUUUUGUCUACAACAGCGCUGGAGCCCUCAGUUUGUACAUAACUGAUGAUAUGAUUCCCCACACGUCACUCUUCAGACUCAACACCAUGACAUUCGGAGCUUUCAUCCCACAGGUUGCCAAGCUCUUCCCAGGUCUGCUGAUGAAACUGCUGGUGCAGACAGUGAAAACUCCUGUCAUCACUUUUGAACCCAACAACGCAACUAUUCAGGCCACUGGCACGGUGACAGCCUACGCUAUCCUGCCCAACACUACACUCUCCCCUCUCUUUGUCCUAAACUUGGAGACCAGUGUCAGCACCAAAGUGUUUGUCAGGGAAAUGAGGUUGGCUGGAGCUGUCACACUCAACAAAAUGGAUUUGACCCUGAGGACAAGUUAUGUGAGGGAAUUUCAGGUCAAAUCCCUCGACAACUUCCUCCAAGUGGUCCUCAAAGGAGUAGUCAUACCCAAAGUAAAUG